AUCCUCUCCCAACCUGUGCAAUAAAGAACAUGAGGCUCCCCAGCCAGGGCCUGGUCUGCUCUAUCCCAGCUUCCCUGGCUGCUGGAGGUGGGGUUGGCUACAACUGGCCUGGGAGGGGACAGGUGGUGUCUUGGGGCCUCCCAGAGGUGGAGCCAUGACAGCGCAGUGAUUUGUCAGGGAAAUCUCAGCCACCUGCUGCUUCAUGCAAAUAGGCCCUGGUGCCCCAUCGCCACCACCACCACCACCAGGGCCACAGCUGCUCCUUGGGCCUCCAACUCUAAGCCGUACCAUCCCUCCCUGACUGGCUGACAGGUCUGAGCCUUCUGGCCCCUACCUUCACAGCCCACUAAGACCCCGGGAGUCAUGUGAGAGUGCAUGAGGACAGACCCCAGCCUAGAAGCAGGACACAGAGUUCUGUUCUCUUUUGUAGUCAUUUCUUUGCCCACAACGCAGGGGCACAUGGGCCAGCUUUCCCCCCCCAUCAACUCCCCCAACUAGGAUCAGGCCCAGUGGCAGCUGGUCAGGGCUUGUCCAGAAAAAGGAUUAUCCAGCUCAGCCCCUUCUAAUCUCAUCUUCUGCCUGGACCCUCUUCCCCUCCUCCCCACAGCCCUCAUCGAGGAAGCAUGGUUUGUGGUGUUGACAACAGGGUCAUCUGUCACCCUCCUGUCCUGGCUCCUGGCCUGCUUGCUGAACAGGCCUGUACUGGCAAGAUCAUGACCACAGGUUGGGGCUAGGGUCUGGGGAGGUCACUGGAGCUGUGGCGGGCUCCUGUUCUACUUCCCCAAACCCAACCAGUAAUCCUCAGGGCUUGUCUCUGAUCCGCGGGCUGAUGCUCUUAUCUCUGCUGGCGGACUGACCGUGGACGCACCCCUCGAUUCCCCCCUUCUUACGGUUGGAGAGGGGGUGCUGCUCAUCUCUGGUUCACAGGCCUGCUUCCCACCCCUCCAGGCUGGCCCAAGUCUCUGGAAGCCUCAUACCUCCCUCCCUGGCCUCUCCCCCACCCCUGCAGCUGAUUUCAUUUGCCUGGCGGUUGUUGCUGGCUUUACCCUUCCCUGUCAUUCCCCCCUCCCUCCCAGUCAGGGCCAGGCCAGGCCAGCUCCUCUGGCAGCAGAGGGGGGCAGGUGACAGGCGGGCAUCGAAGCUGAGACGGUGAGGCGGCGAGGCGCCUGGGAAGCGGAAACCUGGGAGAAGUCCAGCCAGAGCCCAAGAGCCGGAACUACCCCUCGACCUGUGCACCAUGGGGGAGAUGGAGCAGCUGAGGCAGGAGGCAGAGCAGCUCAAGAAGCAGAUUGCUGAUGCCAGGAAAGCCUGUGCUGACAUCACUCUGGCUGAGCUUGUGUCUGGUCUGGAGGUGGUGGGCCGAGUCCAGAUGCGGACACGGAGGACAUUAAGGGGACACCUGGCCAAGAUCUAUGCCAUGCACUGGGCCACUGACUCUAAGCUGCUCGUAAGUGCCUCGCAGGAUGGGAAGCUGAUCGUGUGGGACACUUACACCACUAAUAAGGUGCAUGCAAUCCCGCUGCGUUCCUCCUGGGUCAUGACCUGUGCCUAUGCACCAUCAGGGAACUUUGUGGCGUGUGGAGGGCUGGACAACAUGUGUUCAAUCUACAGCCUCAAAUCCCGAGAGGGCAACGUCAAGGUCAGCCGGGAGCUCUCUGCUCAUACAGGUUAUCUCUCCUGUUGCCGCUUCCUGGAUGACAACAACAUCGUGACUAGCUCUGGGGACACCACGUGUGCCUUGUGGGACAUUGAGACGGGGCAGCAGAAGACAGUGUUUGUGGGACACACUGGUGACUGCAUGAGCCUGGCUGUGUCCCCAGACUACAAACUCUUCAUUUCGGGAGCUUGCGAUGCUAGCGCCAAGCUCUGGGAUGUGAGGGAAGGGACCUGUCGUCAGACUUUCACUGGCCAUGAGUCAGACAUCAAUGCCAUCUGUUUCUUUCCCAAUGGUGAGGCCAUCUGCACCGGCUCAGACGACGCCUCCUGCCGCCUCUUUGACUUGAGAGCAGACCAGGAACUGACUGCCUAUUCCCACGAGAGCAUCAUCUGUGGUAUCACGUCUGUCGCCUUCUCGCUCAGUGGGCGCCUGCUCUUCGCGGGCUAUGAUGACUUCAACUGCAAUGUCUGGGACUCUCUGAAGUGCGAGCGUGUAGGCAUACUCUCUGGCCAUGACAACAGAGUCAGCUGCCUGGGGGUCACAGCUGAUGGCAUGGCUGUGGCCACUGGCUCCUGGGACAGCUUCCUCAAAAUCUGGAAUUGAGGAGGCUAGAGGAAGAGGUGGGAAGCCGUGAAGGUUCUCAGCAGGCUCCUCCUAUGCCCCAUCUCCUUAGGGCCAGUCUUCUAUACUCCAGGGGCCAUUCCUAGUAAACUUCUUUUUAAGAGCAGGUGGGAUUAUGGGAGUGUGCCUUUGGAAGCACCAGGGACUCAAGGGCAAAGAACUGCCCCAUUUCCUGCCAUGGCCUCUCCUCUCCACAGCCCUCACAGCCUCUCCCUUAAUAAACAACAAUGGACUCCUUCCUCACCCUACAGUCCUCCUGGGUUACCAGUAGCCUUUGUCCAGACGGGGACCGGCCAGAGUGCUCAGCCCGUUGACUAUGGAUGUCGCUCCUAGACUCCUGGCUCCCUUUCGCUUUCUCCUUUUCUGCCCUUUUGUUCUCUCUUAUUAUCUAAUAAAAUGUAGCAUCCUGGUACCUCU